GCUUCUAACACGAACGGUGAAGGGUUGUCUUCAGAAAUGAAUUUCGCUGUCAGGAAAUGUUUAACGCUCGUCUUAAUUGGACUCGGCCUUCUGCAUACAGCUGAAAACUCCAAGAUACUGGUGGUCUUCAGCCAUUUGGGAAGAAGUCACUUCGACGUAUUCGAACCGUACCUGGAGCAACUCGCAGCCAAAGGACAUCAGCUCCUUGUAAUCAGCCACUUCCCAAGAAAACGCCCAACACCCAAUUACAAAGACAUUGACCUAAAAGCCAUAACAAAAGUUAACCAAACAGUGAACAUUUUAUCUUACGCAGACAUUGCCAAAAUGGACCAGAUUGUGAGCGCCUUUGUGCUGAGUGCAUGGGCUGCAGAGGUGUGUGAGAAUGCAUUUGAACAUCCGGAUGUUCAAAAACUCAUAAAAUCAGACGAGAAAUUCGACUUGCUCAUAACUGAAACGUUUAAUACCGAUUGUUUCUUAGCGUUUGCACACAGAUUUCAGAUUCCUGUAAUCGGCUUCAGUUCCUGUGUUUUUAUGCCGUGGACCCCAGACAGGGUCGGAAACCCGGACAACCCCGCGUAUAUUCCGACACAGUUCGUGGCGUCUUCGGAUAGAAUGGACUUCACUGAAAGAUUCUCAAACACGUUCUGGUAUUUGUUUCAUAAACUUCAUUAUUCAUUUCUAAUGGACCCACGGGCUCAUAAAAUCGCUAAGAAACACUUCGGUGAAUCUCUCCCAGCCCUGUCCACCCUCGCCAGAAACACGAGUCUCAUCUUUGUCAACAACCACUUCAGUGUGAACAGACCCCGUCCGUUGGUCCCUGGCAUUGUUGAGGUGGGCGGAAUACACAUGAAACCGGCCAAGACUCUGUCUAAGAUAAAGCAUCCUAUGAAUGACAGGAAAUAUGAUGAAGCCCUAAAAGUAACUAAGAAGACAGUUGAGAAACAUUCAGAUUGGUUUUUGGCAACUGUUUGGAUAACCCCAAAAUGGGCAGCUACAGACAGCUAGCUCAGAAAAUUGCUUGAAGCCUAUAGAAUAAUGGGGGUGCAAUAUGUAGCUCAAAAUACACUUCCUUCGCUCUAAUCUGGAUUUCUUGGAUUUCAACAGACCUUAUGGAAGUCUACGACAACCUCACAUUUUCUAUGUUACCUGUGUAAUGUUAGUAAAUAAAUUUGACUAAAUUCCUAAACAUGAGAAAAUCUGUUUAUUUCUCGAAAACCUUGCUUGCUACAGAAUAUUUAUUCCUAGAUUCGGCAUCAGUGACUGAGAGUAUGUGAAAGGGGUAAAAUAUAAUUCGGAAAAAUAGUUAAAAUUUGUCGUUCAAUGCAUUUGAAGGUGCCGAGAUUCGACUACGUGUACGUGCGAGAGGAAGGGAAAAUUGCGAAGCAAGAGUACAGUCCACAGAUCAGGAGAAAAUCCCUGCUAGGAAUUCGUUAAAC